AAAUCGCACUUCUAAUUCCUUCCUCUCCUCCUCUGUUUUUUCCCGCAGCAAUAAAACCCUGCAAACUCUUAAAUUUUCCACUGAUUCCCGCAACUUUCUCGUCAACUAAACGCACAUUGUCCCAUCAAUUAAUUCCCUUCUAUUACCCGCCGGGAACCAGCCAAUGUCGGUCUCCGGCCCCGUUACCUCCUCCUAUAAUGAUAAUGACAGCUCUCUGCCUCACAAGCUCGCGUCAAAAACAUCAUUUCUCAAUCUAAAGCUCUACGUUCUGAUCGCAAUUAUUUCCGUAUGCUUACUUUUAGUUUUACUUCUUGUUUUCCUCUGCAUUCGAUUAAACAGGGCUUCUCGGAAACGGAACAAAGUGCUCGCGAAUCAGAGCUCCGGUGCGAUCCCGUUAGUAUCCAAAGAAAUCGUAGAAAUUAAAGCUUCGGAUCGGAAAGGGAAUGACGGGAAAGAGGAGGUCAAAAUUGGAAAUGUGAAUUUGAUAAAGAAGAAGGAGAUUGAGGCUGUCGUUGAUUUGGAGAUGGGAGAACGAAAGCAGAAGCAGAAGAAGAGUGGAGAGAGUGAUGACGCGUCGUGCAGCGCUAGUAGUGACGUGUCGUCGGUGGAGGCACAGCAGAAUAUCGGGUGGGGCCGCUGGUAUAGCUUGAAGGAGCUGGAGGUGGCGACACGUGGAUUCGCGGAGGAGAAUGUGAUAGGUGAAGGAGGAUACGGUGUUGUGUAUAAAGGGGUAUUGGAGGAUGGGUCUGUAGUGGCAGUGAAGAAUUUGCUUAACAACAAGGGCCAGGCUGAGAAGGAGUUCAGGGUGGAAGUUGAAGCCAUAGGAAAAGUAAGGCAUAAGAACUUGGUGGGUCUAAUUGGGUAUUGUGCAGAAGGUGCUCGUAGGAUGCUUGUUUAUGAAUAUGUUGACAAUGGCAAUUUGGAGCAGUGGUUACAUGGUGAUGUAGGGCCUGUCAGCCCACUGCCCUGGGAUAUCAGAAUGAAGGUUGCCAUUGGGACAGCAAAAGGGCUAGCCUAUUUGCAUGAAGGUUUAGAACCUAAAGUUGUGCACCGUGAUGUAAAAUCCAGUAAUAUACUUCUGGAUAAAAAAUGGAAUCCAAAGGUCUCAGACUUUGGGUUGGCCAAGCUCUUAGGUUCUGAGUCAAGCUAUGUCACUACCCGUGUUAUGGGGACAUUUGGAUAUGUUUCCCCUGAUUAUGCAAGUACAGGUAUGCUUAACGAGGGGAGCGAUGUGUAUAGUUUCGGAGUUCUUCUUAUGGAGGUGAUCACAGGAAGGAGCCCAAUUGAUUACUCCAGGCCAGCUGGAGAGAUGAACUUGGUUGACUGGUUUAAAGGAAUGGUGGCUAGUCGUCGUGGAGAUGAGGUUUUAGACCCUCUAGUUGAAGUUCAGCCUUCUCCAAGGGCUUUGAAACGAACCUUGCUGGUUUGUCUUCGUUGUAUAGACUUAGAUGCUAAUAAGCGACCAAAGAUGGGGCAAGUUGUUCAUAUGCUUGAGGCAGAUGACUUCCCUUUUCGCGCUGAACUUAAAGCAGUUAGAGAAAGAGAUCUUCCCCCUUCUCAUGCUGCUAUGUCCAACAAUGUUCCACAUCCAACCAAGCAUGCAGAGGGCAGUGAUGUAGAAAGACCAAGGCGAAGAUGAUUGUUGUUGGUUUUUGAAUAUCAGCAGUUUCUGAUUUCAAAUUAUUUUGUAGUAUAUUUUUUAACUAAGUAUAUAAAAAUAUUUAGUGUAUUCAAUGUGUAUAUUUUACCUAUCCCACCUUUCAGAUAUUCUAUGUUUUGCUAGCAUCUUAGAGUUAAAAUGAGCCUUGUGAAUAUGGAUCAUAUUUGUUAAAUCUCAGCUUGCUUCUCAUGAAUAUCAGAAUAUUUUAUAUUUGCACUU